AAGUAUCAAGUAGGUACAGAAAUAAAUAUUCUAUUUUAAGUUACAGUACAGUAUCAUAAAAUGUGCCAGAGUUUGCUAGAAAAUUCACUUAAAACAUAAACUCUGCUGAUGAAACGUAGUUUUAGUUUUACUAUUGAGCGAACUCGUACAUAUUAGCUGACUGCAAAAUUAAAUUAAAAUGAUAAAUCACACUGAAGCAGAGAAUUUCAAAAAUAAGGGCAACGAAGCCUUUAAAUCUGAACAAUAUGAAGAAGCAAUAUCUCUUUAUAGUAAAGCUAUUAAUUUAGCAGAAAAUGAUGCACGUGAGUUAGCUACAUAUUUAAAAAAUCGGGCAGCUGCUUAUCUUAAAAUUAAAGACUAUGAUAAAGUUAUAAGGGAUUGCGAUGAAGCUCUUAAAAUCGUCCCCGAAGAUCCAAAAGCUUUGUUUCGACGUUCCCAAGCACUCGAAAGUUUGGAGAGAUUUGAAGAGGCAUACAGAGAUGCGAAAAAUAUUUUUACAGUAGAUCCUUCUAAUAAAGCUGUUCAACCUAUGCUAGCUCGUCUACAUGCAAUUGUUCAAGAAAGAGUCAAAAAUGCAGCCCAAACCAGCAGUAAGGUUGAACAAAUGUUUAAAUUGGCUUUUGAAAUUAGUGAAGAUAAAGAUAAACGUGAAAAGGCUAUGACAAAUUUGCUUGUUUUAGCCAAAGAAACUAAUGGUGCUGACAUCAUGAUAAAGAACGGAGUUGUUCAUAAAAUACAACAGCUUGUUAAGGUUGAAAAGAACUGGGAUAUAUAUGUAAAUGCUAUUCGUGUAAUUGGUCAAUUAUGCAAAAGAAGUGUGGAUAGAACUAAGAAUAUUAUAAGUAUUGUUGGAAUACCUUGGUUUUUAGAAAUAAUUGAUAGUGAUGAUGAAGACAGAGUGAAUGCUGCUCAAUAUUGCUUGCAAGUCAUUUUAAAUACAUAUUCUGGCAUGGAUACAAAAAAAGAUACUAAACCAGACCCUGUACUAUGUGAACAGUACAAAAGUGAAAUUGAUACUUUACUUACUUGUCUGACAUAUUCUAUUACCAAUAGAGUUAUUACUGGAAAAGCUAGGGAUGCUAUAAUAGAACUUGUUAUGCGAAACUGUCACUAUAGUACUCUAAAUUGGGCUGAAAGGUUUGUAGAAAUCAGAGGUCUUCAACGUUUGCUUGAAGUAUGCAGUGAGUUAGAAGAAUAUAAAUAUGAAUCAGCAAUGAAUAUAUCAGAGUCAUCGAGAACCAUAGCUGCUGCUUGUUUAGCUAGGGUAUAUGAGAAUAUGUACUAUGAUCAAGCUAGAGAAUACUUCAAUAGUCAAAUUGAUGACUUCAUUAAGGAAAAGCUUUUGACUCCUGAUUUAGAAUCCAAAGUGAGGGUAGUAGUAGCCAUUACAUCACUCCUAAGAGGACCACUCGAUGUUGGUAACUAUGUCAUUUCGAAAGAAGGUAUCAUAGAGAUGAUUUUGGUAAUGGCUCAAACUGAAGAUCCUUUGCAACAGAAAGUUGCGUGUGAGUGUUUGAUCGCUGCUGCAUCUAAAAAAGAUAAGGCGAGAGCUAUAAUUAAUAAGGGUGUUGACAUAUUGAAAAGCUUAUAUGCAAGCAAAAACGAUGCUGUCAGGGUUAGAGCAUUAGUAGGAUUAUGUAAAAUAGGCAGCUUUGGUGGUGAUGAUGCUUCUAUUCGUCCAUUUGCAGAUGGAUCGACCAAAAAACUAGCAGAAGCUUGUAGAAAGUUUCUAGUCAAUCCUGCAAAAGACAAAGAUAUGAGAAAGUGGGCUGCUGAAGGUCUGUCCUAUCUUACUUUAGAUGCAGAUGUAAAAGAAAAAUUAGUUGACGAUAAACCAGCCCUUCAAUCUCUGAUUGAAUUAGCAAAAACUGGAGAUCAAUCAUGUUUGUAUGGUGUAGUUACAACAUUAGUCAAUUUAUGUAAUGCAUAUGACAAACAGGAACUCAUGCCAGAAAUGUUAGAAUUAGCAAAGUUUGCUAAACAUCAUAUCCCAGAACAGCAUGAAUUGGAUGAUCCUGAUUUUGUAAAUAAAAGAUUAACAAUACUCUGCAAAGCUGGAGUGACAUCUGGAUUAGUAGCUUUAUCUAAAACAGAAAGUCAUAAUUCAAGAGAAUUGAUUGCUAGGGUACUUAAUGCCAUUUGUGGUUUGCAAGAAUUGAGGGGUAUGGUAGUACAACAAGGAGGUGCUAAAAUUCUAAUUCCAAUGGCUCUAGAAGGUACUAACAUUGGAAAAAAACAAGCUGCGCAAGCUUUAGCUAGAAUAGGCAUAACAAUUAAUCCAGAAGUGGCUUUUCCUGGUCAAAGAAACUUGGAAGUUGUAAGACCUCUAGUAUCUUUAUUACAUCCUGACUGUACUGCAUUGGAAAAUUUUGAAGCUCUAAUGGCCCUUUGUAAUUUGGCUGGAAUGAAUGAAACAACAAGAAACAGAAUAUUAAAAGAGGGUGGCUUGUCCAAAAUAGAACUUUAUUUAUAUGAAGACCAUAUGAUGUUACAAAGAGCUGCGGCGCAAUGUAUUUGCAACUUGGUCCAAUCAGAAGAAGUUGUAAAAACCUAUGAAGGUAAUAAUGAUAAAACUAAAUACCUAUAUUUGCUUUGUCAGGAAGAAGAUACUGAUACAGUAUUGGCUGCAGCAGGUGCGUUAUGUAUGCUAACAUCUAUUAGUAAAACAUGCUGCAGAAAAUUACUUGAUCUACAGUCAUGGGUAGAGUCCUUGAGAUGUCUAUUGGCAAAUCCUAACAAUGAAGUUCAAUACAGAGGUGUCUACAUGCUUUAUAAUAUUAUAAGAGAUGAUAAAGAUAUUGCCGCAAAAGUAUUUGAAACUGAUGUAAUGGAGAUAUUGAUGGCACUUACCAAGCUAACUGAUGCUGAACAAAAAAGAAGUAAAGAAUAUGCUGAGAGGUGCUUAGCAACUGCAGAAGAAUUAGGAGUUAUAAGAAAACCAGAAGGAGAGUUGGCAAUUGAUCCUCUUCAAGAAGAUGAAGAAGAUUAAGAUAAUAUUAAUGUUAAUAUAUUUUUUAAUUAGAGUAAGAAAAAUUAAGGCGUAUUUUAAUAUUAGUGAGUGAUUUUAUUGUCUAUUUAUUGUUUUUAAUAAAGGUUUGAUCAGU